AUGACAUUUACUGGCUUAUUUUUCUUCUGUAUGAUGAUGAAUAUGCUAACAGAUGCCCGAUCCAUCCAGGAUGGACAUGGGGAAGCUGUAGCCUUGCCGUACUGGCCCUUCUCAUCCAAUGAUUUCUGGUCCUACGUGGAAUAUUUCCGUACCCUGGGUGCCUACAACUGGAUCAAUGACAUGGCCAGAGCCUUCUUUGCCCAGUUCCCUUUUGGGAGCUACCUUGGCUAUCAUGUGCGGGACCGUGAGGACUGAGUUCAGCUUCCCUCAGCUGCUGCCCAGGC